AUGCCUGCAAAAGCAAGCUCAAAGAAGGCUUCUAAAAAGUCUAUUUCCAAGGCUCAGGAUGAGCUAUGUGCUGAGAUGGAAUCGACUGCGGGACGCACCGCAAGUGGUCGCAAACGCCGACCGACUGAAAGAGAGACCUACAGAUUACUAGAAGCUCGUCAAGGCGAAAACCGCCAACAUGACUUCAAUGCAACAAUGGAGAAACACAAAUUAAAGGUACUGCGUGCUGCAUACCAAAAAAAUCCGGAGGAGUUCCACGACGAGCCUGCGGAGCUCCUCAGUGAUAUGGACAUCGAAGAAGAAAAAAUGUUCUUGCAUCGCUAUGUACCUACAAAGGUAACUAAGCCGCAGGCGCUCAUGUACAGUACGAGCAAAACUCCUCCCGCUGUCUUGGCCCCAAAGUCUUUCAGUAAGGACCGCUUCAGCACUGCCUCAGCUCCAACACCCAUCACUUCUGCAAUUGUCACGUCCUCCAGUGAGGAUGGCGAGCAUGCUGAUGACAACGAGGAUGAACACAAAUUGACCGACAUUGAAUCUGUUUGCAGUGCUCAUCACACUGGAGACCUUCGCCACAAAGCAGUGGUCGAUGAUAUUUCACCACGGGUUGUCAGGACCAAGCACCAACUGCAGGACAGUGACGAAGAAACCAAGCCGCUAAAAUUCCAUAAAGCUUUGGACAGAUCACACCAACGAUUAAAGGCCGGCGAUUUCGAUAAGGUCACACAGGAUUUGCUGGCCAUUGCCGUGUCUAUCUAUCGCUGUCUAGUCGUGACACGGGAACCUUUUCCUCAGACUCUUAUCAGCGAGACACUACUAGCCAAGGAGGCCUGGCGAGAGGCAUCUAAAUUGGCAGGGCUUACGAUUCAACUAACUCCUUCGUUGGUCAAAUUGAUGACGAGGCGCACUUCACAAGUGCGCGGGGAGCUCAAAAGUAAGAUGCGCACACUUACAGCAUCAUUCUUUGGCUUCCGCACAAGCCAAUCUAUAGCGGCUAUGACACACAAUCGCGACCUAGCUGAAUCUCUGAAGGAUGGGACGUGUUUCGUUUUCAAGGACUGGGAGAAGAGAAGCGGGAUUUACAAGACUGGGUUGAUACAGUCAGUGGUGAACGACAUGUGGUUUGCGAACCGCAAUGAUGAGGGUGUGAUUUACAAUAAAUAUUUCGACCCUUUACCAGUUGAACUUCUUGCACUUAUUCUCACAGCGAUUGAAUGUUGCCUUCACGAGUGGAUAACCGGGGUGAAGGAAGACAUAAAAUUCUUGUCAACAGCUUAUACUCCGGCCUACCUGGUCCAUCUCAGCUCAUUACAGCGGUUUGACGAGUGCACCUCACAUUACAAACUACUCAAGAAAAUUGGUGUCGAUAUCCUUGACGUUGCUUGGUUCCAUGCUGGGGUGAAUUCACUGGCAGCACACGCAACUUCCGUUGGCUUCACAGAUGAGAUAUUUGACGACGCGAUUCAAGAGUUUGAAGCUGAGGCUAGAGAAGCCCGAGAGGAGCGCCAGGGAAGUGUGCCACCGGGUAGUCUUUGA